CGUUGGUUCACUCAUCCUCAACGAUGGAUAGCCAAAGAGACACGGAGUACAUCGCAUACAAGCAGGUUCCCCUGGAUGCCCGUCGCAUCGAGCCUGACCCCAAGCCUCUAUCGCCUACCGUCCGAGCAUUAGCAUCCGAGCAUUCUACUGAGAUCAAUGAGAAGCCCAAAGUUGCUCUCGUAAAAAGCGUUUGGAUAGCACUAUGGCGGUGUGGCAUACACCUCCUCGCGAUAGCCGUGACAAUGUGCCUAGUCGCACUCUACGCGCGAAAGAUCUAUCCGACCGACUACGGCGGAAGGAAUCAAGCAAUAAUCCUGAAUGGCUUUCAAUUUGUUGCAAAGGCUCACGAGCUGAUUCUCCUCGCAUCUUUAUCCAACAUCGUCCUGGAUGAGAUCCGCAGACGUCUCAGCAGAACGAGAGGCGUCCCUUUCAGUCUCCUCACCUCUGGAUAUCAGCUCACAAAGCUCAAUUACUUGCUCAGCAACGAGUUUCGGACGAUCGCGAAUCCGGUCUCUGCGAUUGUUGCGCUUCCGAAGCUGAUUUACUGGCCUGUCGUGGACCCGUUCAACGGCAGUGACGACCUCCUGUAUCUGGCCGCAACUUCUGAGCAAAUUUGGCCUUCGAAGGUGGACGCGAGUUUGCUACCAUCUGACCGGUGUCUUCGGCGCGGAGCAAAAUCUCGCCGCCUAUGCCCCACAACUAACAUCGACGUUAUUAAAGGGUGGCAGGAGGGCUACGUGCGAGGCCAAAUGUGGCCAAGUCUCACGAUCGUGGAUAAUGAAAGUGGUGCAAUGCGCUACCUCAGCUCCGAUUUGUGGUCGCAGCAGAUGCUGCCGCCGUACUCGACUGAUAUUUGGGACGGAGUCGAUGUCGAGAACACUACUUACGCUUCUGAAAUGAGCUGGUUUGGGUGGGCUUCUGGCACGUCGGUUACCCACCUGCUUGCUACUGACCUGGCGAACUUUUGGAGACAUGCGUGGAAGUCGUCGUAUCCGAAGUUGAGGGCAGAAGAUGGGGACCCGACGCCGUUGCGGCUCGACAUUACCGUGAGGACGGCGGAUGCAAAGAGGCCAGAGACUUUCGCGAACAUCCUGAAACCUUUCGUGAGAGUUUAA